CCGACUGACAAAAAACUCUCCAGCUACGGUCGACGACAUAUGGAUGGCGAGGUGAAAGUAGUAAACAAAAUUGAAAUUAAAGCGAAAAUUAGGUACUUAUUCCUAUUUGACAAGACUCUGUUAAUAUGUAAACCAAAGGGUGACAGCUUUACUUUCAUGAUGGCCUAUCACAUUAUCAAUGGACCGUAUCAAGAAUUACCCUUACCUGGGAAAAAAGGCGAGAAGUACUGUUUCGGAUUUACACUACCAAUCUCUGGACACGAAACCGCUGCGGAAAUGACGUUCUUUGUCAAAUCGGCUGAAAUUCGAACAACCUGGUUGAACGCUAUCAAGGCAGCUAUCUCCAAUCUUUUCCCUCCUGGUGCCAAAGACAAAGGCUACAACUUCGAAAUGCAUACUUUCCAGAAGCCAACCUACUGUUGCGUUUGCAACAAGCUUCUCCAGGGAAUCUUCUAUCAGGGCUACCGUUGUCGUGAGACGGGUUACGCCGCUCACAAGGAUUGUCUCGCUUCAAACAAUCUCCCCAUACGACGGCCGGCUCUUUCCGCCAACCUUUCCAUUAGUCCACUUAUGAACGGAAUCACCUCUGGCCUCACUCAGCCUCCACCCUUACCGCCAUCUCAAUUCAGCACUUUACGCAGUCGCCACCUCCCACAAUCGCCACAUCUGGCCUCAUCUGCUUCGACGUCGGCGCUCACAGCACGGAGUUCCCUAUCCGGCUUUCCCGUCGUAGCUCAUUCUACAUCCAAUGAUCUUUCCCAUAUCACCGAUGCCGUAUCGGUGGUAAAUCAAUGUUUAGCCUCUGCAGAUCCAACGACGGUCCACACUCCGGUCCAUUUUCGCCGAUUCACAUCAACUCUGAUUGCUUCCAACAGUUCACCGCAUUCCGUCAAUCCUCCACUUACUGUCACCGUACGUAAAGCCUAUUCGGCCGAUGCCAAUCCGCCCAUUCUAGAUUCGGCACUUUCGCUUGUCGUGGGUGAUCAAGUGGAGAUACUACAUUGGUCAGAUGAUGGUGCAUGGUGUCGAGGCCGGUGCAAUGGUCUCGAAGGUUGGUUUCCAGCGCACAUCCUCGAACCUUUGUCUCUCCGACCCCAUCGGCAAAUUCAACCACGCUAUGCACGCUCAGUAUCGCACCAAUCUACCAUGGAACUUGGGCAAAUGAAUCGUUUAUCCACCCAUGUUUAUACAACCUCUCCAUCGCAUAAUGCCACGGUCACUCCGAAUCAGCGAUCCUGGCCUAAUCGCAUCAGUCUAGCCGGGGAAUCGGGUGAGGGGAAUUGCAUGAGAUCCGAACACCCAAAACCUGAGUCCUGGGUUACGUUCGAAUCGGAAAGCACUCCUCCUUUUCCAUCAAAAGUCAGUGAUCCCAAUGAUCCGCUCAGUCGCUACAACUGGUACAUGGGUGAAAUGGACCGUGCGGAAGCUGUUUCCUUGCUUGCCAAUUGUGAAAAUGGCACCUUCCUUGUGCGUGUAUCCAAGAGUGCUGAACGGUUGGGCGAGUACUCUCUCUCCCUGGUUUAUGAUUAUCCCCGCCACAUCCGCAUACAACGUCUGCUUACAGCCGAUGGCUCAUCGGUCGCCUAUGGCCUUUGCGAGCUGGAACAAUUUCCAAGUAUUCCGGCCUUAAUCGAUCACUACUCCAAAGUCUCCCUGAAUCGAUGUUUUGACGAGGUCGACACAACUCUGCUCUAUCCUUAUCAACCAUGCCCUGAUUCUGUUUCCUUUUUCGUCCGAGCUAACUAUGACUUCAACGAUGACUCCAAUUCGCGAUUGCUGAGCCUAAAACGAGGUGAUCGGAUCGCCGUUGAUAGCGGAAGGCGUGGGUGGUGGAAAGGAUGGUUACAUGGCAGGGUCAAUAUGAUACACUACUUGCUGUCAGUUUUACGGCUCUGUCGAAGUUGUGAGAUAUCGGUUGCUCGUUCGGGUUCUUUCGUCUCCAACCUGUUCAUGAUCAAAGGAUUGCUCGAUGGUAUUCUGUACAAUGUCUUCCAUCUGUCUUCCAUCACUCAGAGACUUUCUCCUUUUGUCAGGAAAAUCCAAUACAGAUCCAAUGGACUCAAAUUUCGCAAUCAAGCUUGUAAUGGUCGACACGGUGAAAGGAUCUUUGAUGAGACCAUGUUUGGUUUUGUAACCACGAAGUGCAGCGGUGGCACUUUCACCAAGGGAAUAAUAGAGUUUCUUUCAAUGCGCAUCAUGCCUCGUAGACGGGCCAGUUCACAGAAAGCAUUCGAAGUGGGAGAUAUUGAGAACGCACCUCCUCAGGUCAAGAGAGACUGCUGGGAGCCGGCGAACUGGCGGCUGCAGCUUCAGAAUAUAACCCAAAUGCGUAAAGAUCGUGAUGCUCCAGUUGACGUUAUGGGCUGUGAACGGCUCGCAGAUAGGAAGGCCGAUCCCAAGACAUUUCGUCUCCAGGUUUUACUAAGUCUUAUGCUUUCAAGUCAAACCAAAGAUCAAGUGACCGCAUCAGCAAUGCAUCGACUCCAAUCUCAUGGUUGCACACUGAAGGACUUGCUAGAAAUUGAUUCUGGUUCUUUGGAGCAGCUAAUCUAUCCGCAAAAAGCAAUUUAUAUUAAAAAGGCUUGCGAAAUAUUCAAAGAAAAAUAUGAUGGGGACAUUCCACGGUCUGUGAAAGAACUCUGCGAAUUGCCAGGUGUUGGACCGAAAAUGGCACACCUUGCUAUGCGAUGUGCCUGGAAUGAGGUAACGGGGAUCGGAGUCGAUACCCAUGUUCACCGGAUUGUCAGUAGAUUGCAAUGGACAAAAAAGCCUACUAAAACUCCGGAGGAAACGAGAAAGGAGCUGGAGGCCUGGUUACCACGCGAGGAGUGGGAUCGUAUCAACUGGCUGCUUGUUGGCUUCGGACAGCAGCGUUGUCUUCCCGUAUCUCCACAAUGUUCAACUUGUCUGAACCUGAACCUCUGUCCGACUGGCCGAAAGCUUGCGGGUCGUUCGCAGAAGAAACUCUAGUAUUUCAUACCCCUGUCAUCCAUUUAUCAAAAUUGCAUUUAUCCCAUGGUUCUAUCG